AUGAGGUCUCUCAGUCUGUGCAUCAUCCUAAACCUUGCAGUAGCAGUUUACUGUGUGCCGGUCUCACAAGUUACUGUGCAAGAUGAAAGUUUUGCAGAGAGCUACCUGAAGAAAUUCUUCAACCUAACUGAGGAGAGCGGUCCAACUAUCAGACGGGGGAUCAGCCCCAUAACCAAGAAGCUGACUGAGAUGCAGCGAUUCUUUGGUCUCCAGAUCACCGGGACGCUAGAUGCUGACACCAUAGCGAUGAUGAAGAAGCCCCGCUGUGGCGUUCCAGAUGACAACAUUGCCCGUUUCUCCACCUUUGGAAAUAACCUCAAGUGGCAGAAAAACAGUCUUACGUACAGGAUUGAGAACUACACACCUGACAUGUCUGUGUCAGAGGUAGAUGACUCCAUGGAGAAAGCACUGCAGGUUUGGGCCAAAGUCACUCCUCUGAGAUUCACAAGAAUCUACAGCGGCAUAGCUGACAUCAUGAUCUCCUUUGGCCGCCAAUCACAUGGUGAUUAUUACCCCUUUGAUGGUCCUCAAGGCACUCUUGCCCAUGCCUUCGCCCCAAGCCCUGGCAUCGGAGGAGAUGCUCAUUUUGACGAUGAUGAGAACUUCACCUUCCGCUCAAACAGGGGUUUCGUCCUGUUCAUGGUAGCGGCCCAUGAGUUUGGCCACUCCCUGGGCUUGUCUCACUCUGAUGAUCCUGGUGCUCUCAUGUACCCCACCUACUCAUACAGAAACCCUGAUACCUUUGUUCUCCCCCGGGAUGAUGUCAACGGCAUCCAGUCUCUCUAUGGUCCAAACCCUGAUAAGGAUCCAGUUCAGCCUGGACCUCAGCCUCCCACCACCCCUGAUGCCUGUGAUUCUACCAUGGUAUUGGACGCUGUCACCACUCUGCGAGGAGAGAUGCUCUUCUUCAAAGACAGCUUCUUCUGGCGUAGCUACCCUCAGAGCAGGACACCUCAGCAAAGUCUCAUCACAAACUUCUGGCCUAAUGCCCCUGUCAACAUUGAUGCUGCUUAUGAAAGCCGAAAGUCAGACAAAAUCUUUCUGUUUAAAGGGCGUAAAGUGUGGGCUUUCGCUGGCUAUGAUUCUGUACGUGGCUAUCCUAAAACACUGACCAGUUUUGGUCUGCCAAGAUCUGUGGAGAAAAUCGAUGCAGUCCUCUAUGACAGGGAUUCUGGCAAGACUCUAUUCUUUGUAGGCAAAUAUUACUUCAGUUAUGAUGAGGCCAGACAGACCAUGGACCGGGGAUUCCCCAAACGGGUUGAUCAGACCUUCUCUGGCAUGACCAACAAGGUGACGGCAGCUUUCCAGUACAGAGGUUUUACUUACAUCUACAGUGGACCCUACAUGUUUGAGUACUACCUGAGGACCGGCAGGUUGUACCGUGUGCUGAGGAACAGCUACUUCUUGCGUUGCACUAACUUCUAG